UAUAGUGUUUUAAAUUCGCUGAUUGUUGAAUGUUGAUUUCAGUUUCACUGGUCAAUUUAUUUUGUGAUUUUAUUUGCAGUUGAUUGCUAUGAAGAAUGAAUUGCUGUUUUAUUUUAAAAUCUACGCCAACUUUGUUUGUGUGUGUGUGGUUUAAUGACAAUCUUCGAGACGAUAUCUAAAACUUUUAUUAAAAUUUACAUUGAACGGUUUCCAACAUAUUCUUGUUUUGUAAUUACAAACCAUUAUUAAAAAUAGAACUUUCGAUUUAGAGUUAUUCGAUAGAGCCGAUAUAUAUAUAUAUUGCGGUUAUGCGAGGAAAGUGAUAAUUGUGUUUCAUUAAAACAUUUGUGUUUGUUUUUAAAAUAAAUAUUUUGUGGUUUCCAAUAAUACUUCCCAGGCACAGAUGCACAAAGCUGGUGAUAUUAUUGGAAUAUCUUUAACUUAUUUGUCAUGAACGGGGGCAAACGGGCAGGAAGCUCACCUGAUGUUAAGUGAGACCGCCUCCCAUGGCCACUCUCAAAUGCAAUGGCUCGCGAGUGUGUUGCCGGCCAUUUAAGAAUUGGUACGCUCUUGUCUUGAAGAACCAUUCGACGCAAUGGCAGGCCCUCCUCAUAACGGUGCUGUUUUGAUGACAAUGAAGUCGUGGGGCGAAGCGCUAGUGCGGAAUGCGUCCGCUCAUUUCAUGCGCGUGGGCAGGCUCCGGCGGGCGAUGUUCCUUCUCGCUGUGGCCGCCUGUACUGGGGUGGCGCUGCUUUAUUGGCGGCAACAGACUGGCGAUCAGGCGCACAGACCGAUACACAGUCUUUACUCGGGUAUUGAGCCGCAGUGGUCCUGGGUGUGUAGAAACGAGCGCUGCGAAAGACUCCUUGCAGCAGAAACAACGUUGCUUCAGUCUCUAGCGACGUGUAACAUGCUGUGCGCGUCCACACAACUGUGGCCGCAACCCACGGGUCCAGUCAGCUUAGCGACGGCUGCAGUACCCGUCAGAGCUGAUUCGAUUACCCUACAAGUACGAUCCUCACCCUCGCGUGAAGUCUCCAAUUAUCUAACCGGUGCCUUCUCUCUAUUCAUCAAAGACUUGAAAGCGUUAGAGAGGAAUGGGAAUACAGAAAGUCGUAGAAACGACAUUGGUCCCACGAGAGAAGUUGUAGUUCGUGUUGCUGUCAAUGGCUCCAUCGAUCCGCGACUACUUAUCAGUACUAACGAGAGUUAUAAGCUGACCAUGCGUCCCUCUGACAACGUCCUCUAUGUUGACAUCGCCGCGUACUCGUUUUGUGGUGCUAGACACGGCUUCGAAACGCUCUCACAGUUAAUAUGGAUAGACCCAUACGCUGGUUCACUUUUAGCACUUGAAGCUGCGAGUAUCGAGGAUUCCCCAAAAUUCAAAUUCCGUGGCCUCUUGCUGGAUACGGCUCGCAAUUUCUUUCCUGUCAAUGAAAUUAUUCGGACAAUUGACGCUAUGGCUGCUAAUAAAUUGAACACGUUCCACUGGCAUAUCAGCGAUUCACAAUCGUUUCCUUUAAAACUUAAUAGUGUUCCUCAAUUAACCCAACAUGGCGCAUAUGGCCCUGGUGCUAUUUAUACAUCUGAAGACGUCCGGAAUGUAGUGAAAAGAGCUAAGCUACGUGGAAUUAGGGUGCUCAUAGAAGUGGAUACUCCAGCUCAUGUGGGACGUGCCUGGUCAUGGGGCCCAGCGGCAGGGUUUGGACCUCUAGCGCAUUGCGUAGAAGUUGAGCCUUGGAGUGCGUACUGCGGUGAACCACCAUGCGGCCAACUCAAUCCCAAAAACCCUCACGUCUAUAAAAUCCUAGAAAAAGUAUACUCUGAAAUCAUUCAGUUGACUGGGGUCGAUGACAUAUUCCACCUUGGUGGUGAUGAAGUCUCUGAACGAUGCUGGACGCAGCACUUCAACGAUACGGAUCCAAUGGAUUUGUGGCUUGAGUUUACAAACCGAGCUAUGACGGCGUUGCAACGAGCCAAUGGUGGUAAAUUACCAGAAGUUACUUUAUUGUGGUCGUCACGGCUGACUCGGUCACCGUAUCUAGAGAGAUUGGAUAAGAAACGGUUUGCUAUUCAAAUUUGGGGAGCCUCUCGCUGGCCAGAAUCCCGAGCGGUUUUAGAUUCUGGCUUUAGAUCGAUACUCUCGCACGUCGAUGCGUGGUAUUUAGAUUGUGGGUUCGGUUCCUGGAGAGAUAGCUCAGAUGGACAUUGCGGGCCAUAUAGAUCGUGGCAGCAAAUUUACGAGCACAGACCCUGGAUAGAAGAAAUGAUCGGCAUGGCCACUGGGGCAGAACCCUGGCGAAUCGACGGUGGAGAAGUGUGUCUUUGGACAGAGCAGUCCGGUCCGGGUGGAGUCGACGCCCGUCUGUGGCCAAGGUCAGCUGCGGUCGCUGAAAGGCUAUGGUCUGAUAGACCAGAAGGUGCAACUGCUGAUGUUUACCUUAGACUAGAUACUCAACGCACAAGGCUGUUAGCGAAAGGAGUGGAAGCCAUGCCUCUAUGGCCGAGAUGGUGCACGCACAAUCCUAACGCUUGCCUGUAACGCACUCGAAAUCUCUUUAUACAGGUUUGAUCAGGUUAACUAAAUUUUGUCUUUGAACAAAUAGUAUGAUGCUAAAAUGGUUAGCAUAGAACGGUUAAAUUAUCUUUAACUUGGCGUUUAGAGGGAAACACGAAUUCGAUAAUACGAUAAUAUAUUGUUUACGAUGUCGAGAUAUCCGAGACAAAGUAUUUCAGGUAGAAUGGCUUAUUAACUUAAAUCGAUGUACAUAAUAUAUGUUUUGUACAGAAUUUUAAUUAAGCGUAAAAAAUAAUUAGACUAAGCACUAACUUAGAUAGUUCAAUACGUUCAAAUGUAUCCGUACUGCCGAGUAGGUCACAAAAAUUGCUUAAAAAUAAUUAUCAAUAUUAGUUGUGAAUCUAUAAACCAAUUUUUAUUACGUUACAUUUGUCCGUAUGUUUAUGGCUGAUAGUAUCACGAUAAUCGUCAGCGCUGACUUUAGUAUAAAUGGCUGUCCUAAAAGCUUUAUUAAGAUCAAUGUUCGGCACUGAUAGACCGUGAUACUAAAGUCUUAAGAUUAUUUAGAAAAUCAAUUUAUAACUGAUGUUGUCGAAACGAAUGAUACUCAUUGUUUUAGAGUAGGGUUGCGACUUAUUUCUUAAUGUAUUCGUAAUUUUGAUGAAGAUUGUUUAUAAAAGUAGAAUUUAGGUGUCGUGUUAGGUUUUUAAUAUUUUAUAAAUUCGUAAUUACAAAACUGCAUUCCUUUCCACCGCUCCAAUGUACUUUUCAAAUGUCAAUCAAUCAAAUUAAACAAUCAUUUCAUUGUUCCAGUCCACCUUGACAAAAAGCGUUGUUAACAAAUCAAUUAUUUUACAAUUCAAGAGAAUUUAUAGUAAUAAUGAAUCAAUGUAUUGGUAAUAAAGGUCCCUUUUCUAAUUUUUUAAUCUCUUUAUUAUCAAUUUAUAUAAAAAAAUGUUGUAUACAAAAUAUAUUUAUUUUUUUAUUAUAUUUUUUUACGGUGUCCUUAUUUGGUAUUUUAUGAGAUUAUUUUUAGAGGCUAAACGAAUGAACCACAAAAAAUCACGGUAAAGUUAACAAGAAUGAAAAGGGGUAUAUGUAUGAACCGUAUUGCAUACAUACAAUAUUCAAGCGUGUACUGUAAGUUUGCAGUUUUUUUCAAUAUCCUCCAUACCGGUGCUGGCUUAAUACAAAAACUUUAAAUUAAUCUACUUUUGUUAAUAAUUUUAUUAAUAUGGAAAGCAAUCAACUGCAUCAAAGUACAAAAUUACGAUAAUUUUUAAACAUUCGAAUAAAAGUCCAUGAUUAACCUUUCAAGUUGAUUACGCUGUGAUGAAGAGGUAGUUCUUUGAGUGAUUUUUUUAAUGUCAUAGUUUUAGCCUUUUUGUGUGUUAUACGUAACAAGCACAACUUUGUACGUUUUGUAAGUAAUGUUUUGGUGCUAAAAGCAAUUUUGUGGUGUACUUCUAUUGAAUAAAAACAGUUUAAUCG